CACAGUUGCAUCACAAGUCGUGUUGAUUUUACUGGUUGCUGAGAGUUUGGAAAUCGGAAUCGCAAUGGAGAAAGAGAAAGGAAAUGAAAACUGGAGCGAAAAGGUUGAAGACCUAGUAGACGCCGGCGACGUGGAAUCCGCAAUCUCACUCCUCGAAUCAGUGGUCCAAACCCUAAACCCUUCCGAUUCUGCUUCGCAACUUCCCUUGGCUUCUGCUCUCUCCGACUUGGCCGACCUUUACUCUUCCAAAGGCUUCUCUCUCAAAGCCGAUCACCUUCAAUCUCGCGCUUCUGUCCUCAAACAACUUCACAGUUCCAAUUCUUCCGGCGACCAAGUUCCGAAAGAUUCCAACGAGGAUGGAGUCGUUAAACCGACCACGUUUUCUUCGCGUCGUUCUGAUGGAAACGUAGAAAACCAUGCGGAGUUGACUGCUCAAACCUCCGCCGCCGGCGGUUCUUCCGAUGAAGAUUGGGAAGCAAUAGCUGAUCUUGAACCUGAUGAGUUACUUCCCACGGUAUCCUCAGAUAGUGUAUCUGGAAAAUCAAAUCUUAAAUUGGAGAAUGCCAAAAGUGGAACCCCAAAAAGGCGUGGAAGAGGGACAUUCUCUUAUGAGAAACAAGAGCUUUAUAGUGAUCAGUUACUUGAUAGAUCGGUCGUUGAUGUUGAGCAGGACGAGACACCCUGUAAUUCAGAAGAUAAUAGAGAUGUACAAAGCACAAAAUAUGGUACAAGCCAUGUUAUUGUUCUGGCUGAUUUUUCACCAAGUACUAGGACAACAGAGCUGGAGAAGCUUUUUGAGGACUUCAAAGACCGUGGAUUUGUGAUUCGUUGGGUUAAUGAUACGGUUGCACUUGCAGUAUUUCGAACACCCUCAGUUGCACUUGAGGCUCUAAACAGUGUUCGUUGUUCAUUCACCACGAGGAUACUUGAUGAAGAUGAUACUCUCCUUACUUCAAUUAAAGCAAGAGACCUGGAACCACUACGACAACGGCCGAAAACUUCAGCCCAAGCAGCCCAGAGGCUUAUUGCUCAUGGUAUGGGCUUAAAAUUGUCAUCCACAAGCGUAGGGUCCCGAGAAUAUAGAAAGCAAGAAAAUGAUAGGAGGGAACGUAUAGUAACCAGGCAAAAAUUGAGAGACGAGGCUUGGGGAGACGAUUAAUAUCUUAUAAUUUUACUCCGCUUUAAUUGUUGUACUACUCAAAUUUUCUAACCUCCUAUUCAAGGAAUUUCUUGUUCACCCGCUAAAUUUCUAAUUACA